GCUAUGGCGUAGAAUGUCUGAGGAACAUUAAGCGGGUUAGACCGAGUCAGUUCUGGCCCGAAGUUUGCUUUAAAGUCUUCGUUUCACAUUGCGCUUCAAGUCCCUCAUGUUAUUUCGGACAUCUCACAUACAACCGAAUGCAAACGAUGCCUGUCUUAGAGUCCUCGUGAAAUGAAGAGGACACGGGUUUUAUACACAGACUGAACCCACUCAGCAUACAGUAUCAGACACUCUCCAUGAAAAUAUGAGACUGGUCAGUUCUUUUAUUCCUGUGUGAUUUAAGUGUCCAAGUACUUUUGGGGGCAACAGGGGGCCGUUCAGAAGGAGUCAUGAGGAAGUGCAGUCCAUGGAUGUUUCUGCCAGUUAUGUUUUCUCAGUUCACAGCUGCUGGCCUAUGGGUGGUGUAUUUCAUUGCUGUGGAGGAUGAGAAAAUCACCCCCCUAAGUUCAGAAUACAAUAGAUCAGAAUCAAAAUCUCCUCCAUAUAUCAGUAUUGCAGGCAAUGCACCACCUGCCAGCUGUGUGUUCAGUCAAGUCAUGAACAUGGCGGCUUUUGUAGGAUUUAUUCUCGGAGUGCUGCGAUAUCUGCAGCUGAAACCGAAGAUUCAUAAACCUUGGCUCAACAUCGGCAGUCUGGUGGCUUUGUCUCUCGCCUGCUUCGGAAUGACUUUAGUUGGGAAUUUCCAGCUGUCAAAUGAUGAGGAACUGCAUAAUAUUGGCACAUCCAUGACCUUCGGCCUAGGCACGCUCUUCUGCUGGGUCCAGUCCUUCAUGACGCUAAAGGUCAACUUGCAUAAUGAAGGCAAGCGAGCAGGCAUCCCCCGGUUUCUGUUGUCCGGGGCAGUCACUUCCUGCAUGCUGCUUUAUUUUGCUCUAAUGGCACAGCAGAUGCACAUGCACGCUGCCCGCGCUCAGUGGGCCCUGGUCAUGUUUUUCCUGACUUACCUGGGCACCUUUGCCAUUGAGUUCCGCCAUUACCAUUUCGAGAUUGUGUGUAGUGACAACCAGGACCCUCCUCUCAGUCUGUCUGAAAGCUUCUCGGAGUAUCAAUCUGACCAGUUGUAGUCCAACUUUCACCA